ACAAGAAUAUUACAAGAAUAAAUGAUCUAUGGGGAUUGCCUACUUCCAAUUUUGGACAAAGUAUUAUAGCAAGAACAAGUCAAAAAAUUAUUGUAAAAGGCAAUAGAGAUAAGAAAACAGAACCUGGAAGGAUCAUUGUUGAUAGGGAACUGCAAACUCGA